UUUCUUCCUUCCUCCUUUUCUUCUUCUUCUUAUCCACCACCACCGAGCAUCACCACCCAGCGGCAUCGCCGCGGUCAGGAUCGUCUCUCACCACCACUCGGCAAAGGACACCGUGCCUCCUUUGCUAUUCCUCCAACUCGAUGAAGUAACGCGCCCGGUACGUGCACGCGUGUACUUCUUCCGGAACUUGCGCGGGAAUCCUCCGAUUCCUUUUACAAAAUCGUUAAAAGUUCGAGUGACACAAUCUACAACCGGACCGCGUCGAUUCUCUAGUGACAAAAGUUCGGGGUGAAACAGUGUGUUAUCAUUGUUCGUUGAUGUUUUAUAUCGUUUGGAAAUACGAUGUAGAAUAUCUGACGAUUUUUAUCGAAACUAUGGAUCUACUUCUUAAAUAUUGAUGUGAUGAAAAAAAAAAGUGUUACGUCGAAGCUAGCCCGUGUUACCAAUUCGGAACAUAAAAGCAGUCAAGAAAGUGGAUCAUCGGUGUAAUUCGAGGCGACAGCGGUCCUGUCCUCUCCCGUUUGCACGUGGUUACCUUGACACAGCGACGUGCACCUGACAGUGGAAGCGUCCGGGUACUAGGAAGCACGUGGACCAGACACAAUUCAUUAACACGUCUCCCUUGUACACUCUUAACGGAACCUUACACCAACAGGUUAAACUUUCCAAAAAUCCGUGUCGGACGGAACAGGAGAUGUUUACUCAAGAUUCGAAUCUGGCCGUUCACUUAAAAGAAUGUCGGCUUGAUUGGUAAAGGAACAACGGUACCGAAAGGAAUUGGCACGUGGUCCGGUGGAAAGUCCGUUUCCCGUUUCUCUACGAAGAAAACCGAAUUUGUCAACGUGCAAUCGGACUAGGCAAACAAUGCAGGGGCGAUUGACUCCGCUGACGAGGGACGUACGUAAUUACACGGAUUAAAGCGUUCGUGAACCGAACGGUUCUACAGUACACUGUACAGCGUUCGGUCGAUGUGCCGCGAGAGUGUUUCUAGUACCGUGUUCGAAAAGAUGUUGGUGAUUUCAAUGCCUGCAAUUGAAAUGAUCUGCAGAACGUGAUGGUCCGUGCACUAUGCUGACUGAAUCGGAAGCGACGCUACAGGAAUAGCCAGUAAUUGCACCAGUGAACAAGUUAUUGGGAGAACCAGAAAGAACAAUGGUACGGAAGUGUGUCAGGCGUAAGCGAUACCCCUGUACCUUGAAGGCAUCGUUGUUGGAAAGUCGCCUCUGGACGGAAUCAAGAGCGAAGGCAUCGAUCGAAGGGCGAAGCCGAGGUCGAGGCUUGAACAGUCGUCGAAUCGGGUGAAAGCUCGAUCCGGAUCGAUGUACGGACGAUCGAUUUCACGGAACGUAUUCGAAUUCGAACCACGUAGCCGCGAGACGAAUAGCUCCUGAAGGAGGCAACCUUUGAGACUCGGCUAUCAACCUGGAUUCUCUCACAGAAACCGAUCCUCCUCCGGGGUUCGAUUCAAUUAGCGACCAUGGGACUCGGAGGUGUUCGAAGAGGAAGAAGAAACUCGAGUCGACCGUGACGAUGAUCGCGCUUCGGGCAACCGACGACGACGACGACGACCUCCACGACGGAAUCCUAUUAAUCGCGAUGAAAUCUCAUUAGAAACUUUUUCUCAAGGUCGUCCGCAUCGCGGGAAAUUAACUGUUCGCCAGCGAAGAGUGAGAAGCGGAAGAGACUCGUUUUUCUGGCCGAUUAGAAACGCUUUUCUGAGGCAAAGGGCCCGGUUAAUAUGUGCUUUGGACGAGUGCCGCAAGUUGGAAGUUGCCAGAUCGGCGAGAACCGUCAAAAGGUAGAGGGAAGCAGGUGGCGGCUCUAUCCCGAAGGAAUGGGAAUGCUUCUGCCCGACGAGACGUACGAGGAGCGUUCUUCGUCUUCGAGACGAAGCUCGUGCCCGAACGUACUCGUGGACAUCGACGAGGUCGAGGCGGCGAAGGCCUUGGCUGCGUUCAGAAAGUGCGACGAGUUCCUCAAGAGGCAUGGGAUCAGGCCGGAGUUCUUCUGCAGGCACAGGGAACGGCUGGCGUUGCAGACCUGGCUGCUGCAGAGGUCCAAACUGUCUUCCGAUGCCUCGUCGUCAAACGAAGCCGUGCACCUGCAGCAGCGCCUCAGGAGCCUGAGCACGGAGCUGAGCACGCUGAGGAAUCGGCUGCACGUUAAUCAGCCGCCGAACAAUUCAGGUCCGAACGGCGGCGCCGCGGCGCCGUUGUCGAAGAGCCCGGAAAAGGGUGGCGUACCGUCGUCGCCGGCGCCCGCUGUGCCGCCGAGGACCACGCUUCCUGUUUCCGGCACGCUGCCCCACGGCCUCGGGCAUCCUUCGGGGCACACGUUGACGGCGUCCGCGAUCGUUCAUCCGCACGUCAAUCACGCCGGUGCGAACACGCUCGGCCACAACUCGACCGCAGCUAAUAAUUUAAUAUCCGACUUGGAUUCAUCUAAGCGGCACAAUGGGAUCCCGGAUGAUGGGAUGGUGUCUUGCGUAACGGCGCUGGGCUGUUUACGCUCGCCGCCGAUCUCGAGUAUAAUCGCGGACGUGAAAAACGCGAAGAGUAACCAGGGCCAGCAUCGAUGUCUCUCAAAAGGUGCCUCCUCUGGGCCCGUCGCGUCCACGGCCUUGGACGACCUCAUCCACCUCCCUGGUCCCUUGACGGAGGACGCCGUGCUCAAGUGCCUGCAAGCUCGGUUUUGCGCCAAGCAAUAUCACACGAACGUGGGCCCUAUAUUGGUCUGUAUCAAUCCAUAUACGGAUGUCGGAAACCCAUUGACCUUAACGAGCACCAGGGCCGUGCCUUUAGCGCCCCAGUUGAACAAAGUUGUUCAGGAGGCUGUGCGACAACAGUCGGAAACUGGAUAUCCGCAGGCCAUCAUUUUAUCCGGAACGAGCGGUUCCGGGAAAACAUACGCCUCCAUGCUGUUGCUCAGGCAGCUGUUCGACGUUGCCGGCGGUGGACCAGAAACGGACGCCUUCAAACAUUUAGCGGCGGCGUUCACGGUUCUCAGGUCUCUCGGCUCCGCGAAGACCGCGACCAACUCCGAAAGUUCUAGGAUAGGCCAUUUUAUUGAGGUCCAGGUAACGGAUGGCGCUUUGUACAGAACGAAGAUUCAUUGCUAUUUCUUGGAUCAGACCAGAGUCAUCAGGCCUUUGCCGGACGAGAAAAACUAUCAUAUAUUUUACCAAAUGCUGGCUGGCUUGUCGCACGAGGAAAGAGUCAAGCUCAAUUUGGAAGGCUACAACUUGAAGAACCUCAGGUAUCUCCAGCAUGGCGACACAAGGCAGGACGAGGCCAAAGACGCGAUUAGGUUUCAAGCGUGGAAAGCUUGUUUAGGUCUGCUAGGUAUACCCUUCUUAGACGUGGUCCGAGUUUUGGCAGCAGUGUUAAUUCUCGGGAACGUGGGUUUCACCGACCGUCCGGGAAUGGAAGUGGGUGUUAUAGGAGAGAACGAAUUGGCCUCCGUGGCAGCUCUCCUCGGCGUACCACCGCCGGCGCUGCUCAGAGGUCUCACCUCGAGGACGCACAAUGCUCGCGGCCAGCUGGUGAAAUCGGUCUGCGACGCGAAUAUGUCUAACAUGACCAGGGACUCGCUGGCCAAAGCCCUCUAUUGCCGGACCGUGGCUACGAUCGUCAGAAGGGCGAACAGCCUGAAGAGAUUAGGUUCCACCCUUGGUACAUUGUCCUCGGACUCGAACGAGUCCGUUCACAAUCAGGCCGAGGUUACCAGUCAGCAUGCGUCUACCAUUGGCAGUUCCGCAGGUGGUACCGGUUCUAGGAGCAUGACCGCGUUGAACAACGCGGUGCGACACGCGACGGACGGGUUCAUCGGGAUCCUGGACAUGUUCGGGUUCGAGGACCCGAAACCGAGCCAGCUCGAGCAUCUGUGCAUCAAUCUGUGCGCCGAGACGAUGCAACACUUCUACAACACGCACAUAUUCAAGAGCUCGAUCGAAAGUUGCCGGGACGAGGGUAUCCGCUGCGACGUGGAGGUCGACUACGUCGACAACGUUCCAUGCAUCGAUCUUAUCUCCUCUUUGAGAACGGGUCUGUUGAGCAUGCUGGACGUGGAAUGCUCAAUACGCGGCACCACCGAAAGCUACGUGGCGAAAGUGAAGGUUCAGCACAAGCACAACCCGCGAUUGUUCGAGCCGAGGACCGUCGAUUGCAGGUCCUUCGGGAUUCAGCAUUUCGCUGGCAGAGUGACGUACGACGCGUCCGAUUUUCUAGAUACCAACAAGGACGUGGUACCGGAUGAUCUGGUGGCCGUGUUUUACAAACAUUCCUGCAGCUUCGGUUUCGCAACUCAUCUAUUCGGCAGCGAGCUUAAAGCUCUUUACGCGAGCGACACCGUGCCCAGAGGUGUCAGUUUCAGGAUAUCGCCCACGUCUCACACUGAUUUACUGAACGGGGACGAGCCGAUCUCGACGCUGACACAAGACUUCCACACGAGGCUAGACAAUCUGUUGAGGACUCUGGUCCACGCAAGACCGCACUUCGUCAGGUGCAUUAGGAGCAACGGCACUGAGACCCCGCUACAUCUGGAUAGGGGCGUUACAAUGCGUCAGAUACGAUCGCUCCAGGUGCUUGAAACGGUGAACUUGAUGGCUGGUGGCUAUCCGCAUCGGAUGCGGUUCAAGGCGUUUAACGCGAGGUACAGGCUGAUCGCGCCGUUCAAGCAGCUUCGCCGAGCCGAGGAGCAAGCGGUGGAGGAUACGAAAUUGAUCCUGCAAAACGCGCAACAAUUGAAAAGUAAAUUCGGCGCGAGCACUAGUUGGGCGCUGGGCAAGAGGCACAUAUUCCUGAGCGAGGGCAUUAGGCAGCAGCUUGAGAAUCUUCGCUCGGAAAUACGCAGGAAAGCAGCUACUGUCAUACAGGCUACGUGGAGAGGGUGGCGAGUGCGGAGGAGGUGGCCGUUGAGGAAAACCACGAUAGGCGUAACGCCCGGCAUCGGGCAGAAGAAGCCUCAGCAACCCACGGGAACCGUUCAAAGGAACGUGACCACUGGCACGGGGACCGGAACCGGAACGCGACCAAGGCCGCAACCGAUAGCCGGCACUCCACCCCCAGAUCCAUCGGACAAGUGUGCGGAUCAGAAGAUGAUACAGCAAACGUGUACCUUGUUCGGAUUGGAUUUGGAACGACCACCGCCAGUUCCGCCAAGCAGAUCCUACACCGUCACCGGAAACACGAAGUUGGGCUACCCGCAGACGAGGAUCAUGAAAAUGCCCUUUCCAGAAGAGGGUGAAGGGGAAGUGGUUCUACUAAAAGGUGAAACCGUUUUGGUAGUGGGCGCGUCUCCCAGGCGUGGUCACUUGAUGGUGGAGCACAACAACACCACCCUCCACGUGCCGUAUCAGUUCAUGGAACUGAAGCCUUGUAAUAUCAAUGUCUGAACGCGAUAUUUACUUCCGAGCCGCUCGUACGGCCCCGUACUUCGAUACAGAUUCGAUUUUAUGAGGUUCUUGGUAUACAUAGAAAUUAAAAUUUCGAUUUGGGUUGCCAAAGGUGAUUAAAAAAUUCCGUGAAAGUAAAUGGAGAAUGGAAGAAUGUGUAACUAUGAAUUUGCUUUCUCUAAUUUAAAAGAACAAUUGCGAUGAGAGAACUUUUCCAUCUUACAAUUCAAACAGUAACCCAUCGUUAUGCUAACUUUCCUCGGUAAAUCCUUCCUCGUACUUCCUCUAUUUUUUCCAAGGUCGAAAAUAAGUAACCGGAAGAGGAAGUGAAAGUGUUGUACGUGGCGUGGGUGAGCGGUGAGAGAAUGCCGAUAAGAUUAGAAUUAGAAGCGCGCGAACCAGGACAGUGAACUUUGUCCUUUAAUUAAUUACACGCCGGGCCUAGCAAGCUUCACGCGGAAGUCGGUACACCAGUGCUUAUCGCCCCCUUCCCUCGGCCCCCUCCAUUUGUGUGGGUGGCGGUCACCCUUCACGUUCGUCUUCCAUGUAGAUAAGUAUGCGCGCAUUUUCGUAUCGGUAAACGCGUUUAACGCGCGAUUAGGUUCUGCGCGAGUGUACGCGGUAGAGAAUAUUCACCAACAGUAUUCCUUCGUCUGUCUUCAUUUGAAUUCUUAGUGCCAAUCCCUAGAGAGAAGUCUGUCAUCUACGGUAAAACGACCAAAUUCUGUCUAAUUAAGAAGAUCAAAUCAACCUGACGAUCAAAUAAACAAUUACUGAUCUCAGGAUAUUUGAAGUCUCGUAUCGUAGAUUUUGACAGUGUCUUGGAACGAAUAUGUCGAAUCUGGAAAUAGAAUUUGGUCGUUUUAUAUCGUAUUCGUGUAUUAUAUGAUUAAGUGAAUCGAUUUCGUAAGACAGCUCGAGAUAUUUUUAUAGACUUAUUUGGCAGUUUACUUUAUAAUAAUUGUAAGACGAUAAUCAUAAGACGCAAGAGCAGUUGUAACAUCGGAUGGGGAAAUAGUUGGAUAGAGGAGAGGUAGAACGCGGUUUGUAGAUACAUUAUACACGGAAACUCGUUCGGUUAGAAACGAUAAGCGUCCGCUGAGAGGUGGAACAGAAGAGAAACUCUGUCGAGUUCAGCGUCUCGAGAAUAUGUACAUAUAAGAGUAUGUAUGCUGAAUGUUACGUAGUUUACAAAUAUCGGUGUUGAUACAUGCGUAUAGAUAGCUUGUAAAUGCGCCGAGAUAUUUUUGAAUAAAAUAUAAGCGAUUUUAAAAACGUUUCUCCAAGUACGUAUCCAUAAUUCCGA